AUGCAUCGGAGAUCAAGAGGAGUUAGCAUCGGGCUGCUUCUGCUCCUUUCUCAAAUCUUCCAGGUUGGGAUCAACAAUGUUCCACCUGUCACCCUGGCAACGUUGGCUCUCAACAUCUGGUUGUUCUUGAAUCCCCUGAAGCCGCUGCUUAGCUCCUGCCUCAGCGUGGAGAAGUGUUACCAGCAGAAGGACUGGCAGCGCCUGCUGCUUUCCCCUCUUCACCACGCAGAUGACUGGCACUUGUAUUUCAAUAUGGCAUCCAUGCUGUGGAAAGGAAUUCAUCUGGAGAGAAGACUGGGGAGUAGAUGGUUUGCCUACGUCAUCGUCACAUUCUCCCUCCUCACUGGGGUGGUGUACCUGUUCUUGGAAUUUGCUCUGGCAGAAUUUCUAAAUGAGCCUGACUUCAAAAGGAACUGUGCUGUGGGUUUCUCAGGAGUUUUGUUUGCUUUGAAAGUUCUGAACAACCACUGUUGCCCUGGAGGCUUUGUCAAUGUUUUGGGCUUUCCUGUAUCCAACAGAUUUGCUUGUUGGGUGGAACUCUUGGCUAUUCAUUUCAUCUCGCCAGGGACUUCCUUUGCCGGGCAUCUGGCUGGAAUUCUUGUUGGACUGAUGUACACUCACGGGCCUCUGAAGAAGAUCAUGGAAUCGUGCACAGGCAUUUUCCCCUCUAAUAUUGAUUACCCAGGACAGCAGUACUACUUUAAUAGUUCAGGCUACUCUGGAUAUCAGGAUUAUUACCCAUAUGGCGCUCGAGGUGCUUAUGAAGAUGUCCCCAGGAACUACGACACGUACACCGCGGGACUGAGUGAAGAGGAGCAGCUGGAGAGAGCAUUGAGAGCCAGCCUCUUGGACCAAGGAAAUCGCAGAAGCAGCCCCCCGGCCUAUGGGUUCCGUCUCUCACCAGAAGAAGAAAUGAGGAGACAGCGGCUGCACAGAUUUGACAGCCAGUGA